CCCUUUUGGCUUCGACCAGCACGGGUGCACCAUCACACAACAAGAGAGAUGCUAGCCCACAUCAAGAAAAGCGUGAUGCCGACCCCCACAACUACAAACGUGACGCAGAGGCCAACCACGAGAAACGUGACGCCGAACCCUCAUACUACUACAAACGUGACGCAGAGGCCAACCACGAGAAACAAACGUGA